GGUGUGAGCCAAUCAGAAAAACACACCGGCAAUCAGGGGAUUUUGGGGUGGGUUUUUGAUUCCCCCCCCCCUUGCAAGGCUAGUUGGUGCUUAGGUACUUUCUUUUUCUGUUUUGCAAUUGCCCAUGCCUGUAGUGGGUGCUUGGCAAGGGGGGGCGAGCCAGGGGCUUGAACCAUGUUGCAGGGGCGCUCUCGCAAACCGGGGCCGCAACGCUGGGACUGAAAGGGCAGGUUGGCGGUGGACUCGGCGGCUGGGGUGCGUGCCUACUUCUCCGUUCCUGCAAACGCCCCUUGGGCAAUUUGCCUCGCUCUAGAGGGGGGUUGUUGCGACCCGGAGAGCUGGGAGUAGGCAGUCGCUGAAUGUCAUGGCUGACGACAAAGCUGGUCCCAAGGUCUCUAAAAAGGGAAGCUCGCAGUCUGGAAACUCCCGAGGGGAUGCCACGGAGCCCAGCACCCUGUUACAGAAACUGAAGAGCACCAUCUCCAAAUCCGUGCAGAACAAAGUGGACAGCAUUCUGCAAGAUGUGCAGAAAUUUUCCGACAACGAUAAACUCUACCUGUACCUACAGCUGCCGUCUGGUCCGAGUUCUGGGGAAAAAAGCAGCUUGGACCUGAGCUCCCUGAGCACUGCUGAACACAUGCAUGCGUGCAACUGGAUCCGGAAUCACCUGGAGGAACACACGGACACGUGCCUCCCCAAGCAGGAUGUCUACGACACCUACAAGCGAUACUGUGAUAACCUCUGUUGUCGCCCUCUGAGUGCUGCUAACUUCGGGAAGAUCAUCCGGGAGAUCUUCCCGAACAUCAAAGCCAGAAGACUGGGAGGACGAGGACAAUCGAAGUAUUGCUACAGCGGGAUCAGGAGGAAGACAGUGGUCAGCAUGCCACCCCUGCCCAGCCUGGACCUCAAAGUUACCGAUACUUCGGAGCUGACAGACCUGGUGCAGUCGUACCACGACGAGCUGGUGGACGCGGCCUGCGCUCUGACCUGCCACUGGGCUGAGAAGAUCCUCAAGCGCUCCUUCAACAGCAUCGUGGAGGUUGCUCAGUUCCUCAUCCAGCAGCACCUCAUCAGCUCGCGCUCCGACCGUGCGGACCUGGUCAUGGCCAUGGUGGUCUCAGAAAAUUCAGAAAAUAUCCACCGAGACACUCGACCGUCACAAACUGCCAGGAAGAAUGGAUUGGAAACAUCAGACAGCACUGUCAAAACCCAGGCCCAGAACAAAAAGGAGAAUAACUCGAAACCCUCCGUCCCGCCCCGAGCCGAGAGGAAGAAAACCCCAGAGACCCCCAAGCCGGUGAGCAGCCCUCAAGUCAACGCCCUGGUGGCUCGCCUGCCUUUCCUCCUGCCUCGCAUCCAGGCCAGCGAGAGACUGAUGCCGCCGGGUGCCCAGGCCGUGCGCUCCUCCCCUCCCAUCCUGGCGCCCAAGAUCACGGCCACGGCCACGCCCAUCGGGGGCACGGUCAAGAUGGCCGCCCUGCCGCUGCCGGUGGGCACCGCCUCCUCCCUGCCCAUCAACCUGGCGCCAGGCGUGAACGGGGCGGCGGGGCUGGUCAGCCAGCAAGCAGCGGUGCCGGUGAUCAACAUGAUCCUACCCAACGUGCCCGCCAGCGUGAGCAUCCCCGUGGCCGAAAUCCCAGCCAACCCCAAGAGCGCAGCCGGGGGCGGCAGCGAGAGGCACGGCCCCGCCAAAAGCAGCGAGGGGCCGGCCGGCAGCCAGCAGGAGGCGCAGGGAGCCAAAGGGGCCAAACGCCCCCCGGAGUCACCCAGUGAGGCUGCCACCAUCAAGAGGAAGCGCGGUCGGCCCCGGAAGAGGCUGGAUGAGGUGGAGGCCUGUUCGCCGGGUAAAUGUAGCGGCGCGGAGGAGGGGGGUGCCCCUGAGACCGGAGGAGGGGGCGACGCCGGCCACGAGGGUAGCACAUCACGGAGCUCAUUCGUCUCAGGCAGGAAUGGAGGGUCACCCAGCCCGUGUCCCGGAGAGCCGGGAGGGCUCUGUGUGGGGGGCCCGGACAGCUGGGCUAAGGGAGUGUUGCCCGGUGCUGACAACAGAGGCAGCUCGCUGGACACUGAGCGAGCCACGGGCGCCUCCCAGGUGAGCGUCAUCCAGGACAGCCGGUUCAGUGGUCAGAGCCAGCUGAAAGCUGGCGCCCAGGAGCCGGAGCUGGAGGACGAUUUGCAGGUGCAGAUGAACCCAGGCGAGGCUUCUGUACCAGGAUCCCACGGCCCCCAGGAGGGGAGACCUCACCCUCGCUCUCCCUUGGGAGACACCAAACGGGAGAGCCUGGGAAAAAGCCCGGCCUUGCUCCUGCUGUCAGCGAUUUCCGCCCCUGACGACCACGCUCAGUCAUCCGAUUCCAGGAGCUCUCCCGAAUUGCUGUGCUACGCGUCUGGCUCGGACGAGUCGUCGCCGGCGGAUUUGCACUCUGCCGGCGCUAGCGAGGACAAAGCCGCUAGGCGCCAGCGCAGCCCUGCUUCCAAAAGGCUCCACAGCCCCCAGUCCACAGCGGAUCGCCCCUGAGCACGCUCUGUGCAGCGCCCACGCCUCAGCAAGCCGAACUCGUCCUCUGCCCACGCCCAGGAGUGGGCGCUCUGCCACAACCGGAUGCCUUGCAGGGAAGAUUUAAAAAUGAUAUUCAUUUGCUAACUGCCUCCGUCCCUUCCCAGGGCUGCAGAAUAACACCCCUCCUCCCCACCCUCCCUGUUGCCAUGCAAUUAAAUAAAGCCAAUCAUUGCCA